UUCUGUUCUUCCCAUUCCUAUCCCGCCAUGUCCCUCUUCAAGAGGAAACAUUCGAAGGCAGACCUUCAUCCGCCCCCAGCGACCACACCAGCCCCGGCUGCUACCCAACCAGUCGCACCCUCUGCAGCGCCUCAUAGGGGACAGGCCUACGGGAAUGUAGGUAUAGGGGGCAACAACAAUCCUAGAAGAAUGACAAGCAACCCGCAACUCAAAUCCAGCGCCCAAGCAUCUUACCCGGCUCAUUCAGGCCAGUCACCCCAACUCAACCAACAUCUCCCGGGACAAGUCGAUACACAUGCUGGCCACAUGAGUAUGAUGAGUACACCACACCCUCAACUUGGAUAUCGUAUCAAUCCACAGUCACCGACACCAUCUGCCAAUGGACCCGCUGCCUCUGGAGGGUAUGGAGGAUCGCCGCAUCUGGGUAUGUCUCCACCCCCGAUACACUCAUCUGCUCCAGCUUCGGUACAAGCUUCGGCACAACCACAACAAGGACAAUUGCAACACCAGGCUCUUCAUUCCAAUCAUCCUCAAGGACAAUCUCAGGAGAUUGGCCAGGGACAACUGCAAAGCCGCCCUCACCCCUCGCCAAACCCUCUGUCAUAUCCCUGGCAAAUCCGACCCCUUCGUCUAUACUCUUCUGGCCAAAACGUCCCUGCGUCUCCCUUCCCCCGGUAUGGGCUUUCAGUCCCUUGCUUCCCCUCUCACUCUGGUCAUAUGCUUGUGUUUGGAGGCCUCGUCAAUGAAAAGGUUAGAAAUGACCUAUGGUCUAUUGACAUCCGAGAUCUCUCAGUAAUGUAUGUCAAGACUAAGGGAGAUGCACCGCCUCCGAGGGUAGGACAUGCGAGUGUGAUCAUGGAUAGAAUUAUGGUUGUGUGGGGGGGGGACACCAAGAUUGACGUUGCAGAUGAGCAGGAUGAGGGAUUGUACAUCCUUGACUUGCGUUCACAAGAGUGGACAAAGGUCCCCAUAUCCAAAGGACCCGUUGGAAGGUACGGCCAUGCAGCCUGUAUGGUUGAGAAUCGGUUUUAUGUUUUCGGAGGCCAGGCGGAUGGCAUGUUCAUGAACGACAUGUGGAUGUACGAUAUCAAGCAGUUAUCUGGCACAGCGAUGGUACAUACGUGGGAGCAAGUUUCAUACACCACACCUCCACCGCCUCGUCGAACAGGUCAUGUGUUGGUGGCAGCGUCCAGCGGUAAACUUUACCUCUUUGGAGGUACGGACGGUAACUACCACUAUAACGAUACAUGGUGUUUUGAUCCAUCGACUGGUGCAUGGGCCGAACUCUCAUGCAUAGGGUUUAUCCCUUUACCGAGAGAAGGUCAUGCUGCAGCGAUUGUGGAUGACACUAUAUAUAUCUUCGGAGGACGGGAUGUAAAGGGUAAAGAUUUGGGUGAUUUGGCGGCCUUUAGACUUUCCAAUCAAAGAUGGUUCAUGUUUCAAAACAUGGGCCCUUCACCAGCUGCUCGUUCAGGGCAUGCUAUGGUUUCCGCUCACGGAAAAAUAUUUGUGGUCGGUGGUGAGGCUAAUCAAGUUCCUCUCGAACCCGGAGAACGGGAUGACCCGCAAAAAAUCCACGUGCUGGAUACCAGUAAGAUCAAAUACCCUCAUGAUGCAAAGAGCAAAACGACAAUGGCGGAUCAAGCAGAUUCAAGAGGCAUGCAAGGCACGCCUCAACCCGGGCAACAGCAAGGGCAAACCCCAGGAAGGCUGCCACAGUCGGCAUCUACGGAGGGUUUAAACACUCGUACAGGGACAAGUUCUCCUUCUUCGGAACGAGGCCCAUCAACUCAGCAUGUUCUUACCCAAAGCCAGUCACAAGUAUUAGAUACUCAGGUUUCGCCACAAUCGCAGGCUCAAAUCCCUCAACCUCCACUCCAAUCACCUCGAAACGUCGGUCCUGUGCUGACUACGAAACCAAACGGUCCCCCGCCUCAGCGCCCACGUCGGGAAGGUGAUGAGGAAUUUCGAGAGGCUAUGUCACCCACGAAAUUACAUUACUCAAGUCAAGCGUCAGAUCAGGCUCAAAGCCCGGUGCAGUCAUCUUUACCCUCGCGGGUCACUUCCCCUACGCACAUCUCACCUACGUCUCCCAAGAACCAUCCCAAGAUGUUCCAUUCAUCCGUGAACGGAACCCGAUCCCCCUCACCUCGUCUCCGAAAUGCCGAUGGACCUUCAUCGGAGCGCGAGCGUGCACCUCCGCCUCCUGAUGCGUUCUAUUACGGCCGUCGAUCACCCACUGCUAACGGAUUCCGUCAAUCUGCCUCUAGUAGGCCCAGUAGUUUCGGUGCCUCCAACGAUCUGGUGAAGGAAGUCAGGGCAAAGGAGAAUGAAGUGGAGGAGGGAAAGAGAAGAGAAACUGCUCUCAAGAUAAUCCUAAACCGAGCAGUGAAACAAGGAUUCUUGCUGGGCGACGAAGAACAAAAGCCCUCUGGAGGAGACAAAGAAGAACAAGCAGACGAUAAUAAACAGAAUGAUGGUUUAGUGGGCAGGUUGACUGAUGCACUUGUGCGGCUGAAGAAAGAGAAGGCUAAAAUGCAGAAUGACCUAGUCGCUCAGAUUCGAGCUGCUUCUGCUAAAUCCGUGGAAGCAGAUCAUCUCCGCCGAGGUGCUCUGCAAGAAACAGCGUUCUACCGCGCCAAAAUUGCCGCCCUUGAAACAAAUUCACUCCUUGAUCUCAAGAGGGUUGAAAAGGAACGCAUCAAUGAAUUAGAGAAGCAGAUCAACAUUUUGGCUAAUGAGAAUGCUCAAAUGAGUAAAGAGCUAGAAUGGGAGAAAGAAGGGCGAGAACAGGCGAAUUGUCUGCAUUCUUCGGCAACUCAACGCGAAGCAGAGACACUGAGGAGGGCAGAAGAGGCAGAAGAGGCCCAGAAGGAGGCACUUGAAGAGUUAGAACGGUUACGCGGCCAUUUUUUGACUUAUGAGCAAGGCGCUCGCGAGCAUAGCGAACAAUUGAUUACUUUAUCUUCCAGGGUUCAACAGCGCGAAGCCGAGCGAGACCAACUGCGGUCACAACUUGACGAAGCGAUUGCUACGAGAGAUCAGAAUAUUCAACUUGUCAGCGAAGUCCAGGCAGCAAUCACUUCUGCUGGACUUAUGGCUUCUGAGAUGGAGGCAAUGUACACAAAGGAGAGUGUUAAAGUGCAGCAACUGGAGGAGGAGCUGGCGGAAUGUAGAGCCGAGCUAGAAUCCAGAACGAGGAAUGCGGAGCUCGCUACCGAAAAGCUCAAGGAGAUUGAAAAUGCGUAUGCGAAAUCUCGAGAAGAAGCAGACGCUUUGAGGGCGGUGACAACCUCUAGACUCGGUGAAAUACUAGAUUCCCACAAAGAGAUGCGAGCAGACGAGACCCGUGCCGCUAGGGGCCACCAAGAACAAUUACAGGCUCUGGAGGAAGAGGGUAAAAGCCUCAGAAAAAUGCUGAAGGAGGCCGGACAACGAGUCGACGCUGCCGAGUCAGGUGUGAAUCAACAUCGAACGAAAAUGCGUGACGUGGAAAGUAAGGUUCAAACGCUACGAGGCGAGCUUCGGACUAGUCAGACCAAGCUGCUGAGUGCCCAAGCGGAGGUCGCCCGGUACAAACAGCUCCAUUCGACAAGGGAUGAGGAGUUAAAAGAGAAAGAGAUAGCUAUGACUGAGGUGGAAACGAGGUGCGCCAUGCUGCGUAAUCUACUUGCGGACCAUGGCAUCGCCGUCAACGACUCUGACCUCGAAGAUAUCAAAGCGCCCUCUACUCGCGAACUAGAAGGCAAAUUGCGGGAGCAGACCCGAGUCAGCGAAGCCGCCCAGCGUGAAAUACAAGACCUACGAACACGAUGUGAAGAAGCGGAAGUCAAGGUCGAGUCCCUCGGCAAGUUGGUGGAGCGCAUUAAGGGCGCCCGAAGUCCGACAAGCGCGAGUAUGCGGUCACCAACUCCCACAAGUGGAGAGAUGACUAGAGUUAGCGAAUUGGAGAAGAAGUUGAUAGACAUGGAAAAAGAGCAUCGAGAUAAGGUUGCUGGGCUUGAGACAGACUAUCAAACGGCUGUGAGGUAUGUGAAAGGUACAGAAAAGAUGCUGAAGAGGAUGAAGGACGAGUUAAAUAGACAGAAGGCUACCAACACCACCAUCCAAACUGAGCUUGACCAUCUCCGAGGUCGCUCAUCUAUCUCUGGUCGCUCUACACCCUCAUCGUCCUCAGUCAUCGAAUCAGAUGUACAGCGCCGCUUUAACGUCCUUCAAAACCAACACCAGAAGCUUCAAGAAGACUUUUCAGCCUCUCAAGAUGUUCUCUCCGCUCGCAAUCGUGAGGUAGACCUGCUGAGAAUGAGGCUCGACGAGGCUGAGAGGGACAUGGAGUCCUUGAGAGAUGAUCUUGCGCAGGCGCAACACAGAAUCCAGACAUUGUUGGAUGUAAAAGGGGGAUCAGAUGAUGAAGAUGAUGGAAGUUUAGAGGCGACAAUGGCUUUUGACAAGUUCUCGCAGGAGCUGAAGCAGUGGGAAAGGAGUCGGUCACCAGGAGAAGGUAACUUUGAAGACAAGUCUUCAGAAGAGGGUACGACAAUGCCCGGUCAAUCAGCCAGCUACCAAGCGCGGGUUGUAGCGCAAUCAUCUAAAGCCCAUAGCCCUAGUAGUUCCGAGUAUAGCGGCGAUUGGGUACAGUAAUCACUGUUUCAUUACGGACUGCAGAUAAAACGAGGUGCGAAGUGUCAUAGUUUUGUUCUCUCAGUUUAAAUGGUUACGAUACGAUACUACGGAGAUAAACGCGGCUAUAUGACGAUAAUUGAUGAUUCUGUUUGUUUGAUGAUAAAUGCAUGAUGAGUCUUG